AUAUUAAUUGACCCAACGUGAAUCAUGGCUAACCUUUUAUCUUUUUAAAGAGGUCUCGGCCUAAUGCUUUCGUUACAUUUCCAAGCAAUGGCUCUCAGCUCGUCUCUACCCACAAUAUGGCCAUGGAUUUCAGCUCUUCUCUUGCUCCUCCCACUCUUUUUCUUCAUAAAGAAGAGGCUGCAAACUCUAGAAAAAAAGAAAAACAUCCCACCAACCCCUCCUCGCUUCCCACUUUUAGGCAACUUACACCAACUCAGUGAGUUGCUCCACCAAUCUUACGCUCACCUAUCCAAAAAAUAUGGCCCCGUCAUGCUUCUUCAUCUCGGUCAUUUACCAACUGUUGUCAUCUCUUCUGCUGAGGCUGCAAGAGAAGCCUUAAAAGUCCAUGACCUCGCUUGCUGUAGCAGACCGCUUUUAGCUGGCUCCGGCCGCCUUUCUUACAACUACGUAGACGUGGCGUUCGCACCUUAUGGCGAGCGGUGGAGAAAAAUGAGACAGAUGAUUGUGCUUGAGCUUUUUAGCAUGAAAAGGGUUCAUUCGUUUCGGCCACUUCGAGAGGAAGAACUCGGGUUGAUGAUAACUUCACUUGCUGAUUCUGCACAUCAGUCGGUUUCUGUUAAUCUUACUGAUAUGUUAUUCGCGCUCACUGCGAAUAUCACAUUCAAGAUGUCGUUUGGAUUCGAUUAUCGCGGGACUGAUUUCGACAGGGAUCGGUUUCAUGAAGUUGUUCAUGAUGCUGAGGCUGUGGCUGGAAGCUUCUCCACUGGAGAAUUCUUCCCGUUGUUUGGUUGGAUUAUUGAUAGAAUAUCGGGACAUCAUGCGCGGACCGAAAGAGUUUUCCAUGAAUUAGAUACAUUCUUUCAGUAUGUGAUCAACGAUCAUCUUAAACCUGGAAGAGUAAAGAAACAAGACGAUAUGAUUGAUGUUCUGCUGCGAAUUGAGAAGGAACAAGCUCAGCUUGGAGAUCAAGGAGCUCACUUCACCCACGAUAAUAUUAAAGGAGUCCUUUUGAACUUAUUUCUGGGUGGCAUAGACACUUCUGCAAUUACUAUAAAUUGGGCAAUGGCAGAGCUUAUUAAGAAUCCAAGAGUGAUGAAGAAAUUACAAGACGAAGUUAGAAACUGCAUUGGAAACAAAGGAAGAGUCUCAGAAGUUGACAUUGAUCAGCUUGUAUACCUAAAAAUGGUAGUCAAAGAAACUUUUAGAUUACAUCCUGCAGCCCCUUUACUUCUUCCAAGAGAAACCCUUUCUCAUAUUAAAGUCAACGGCUUCGAUAUCAACCCGAAAACGAUGAUCCAAGUGAACGCCUGGGCAAUUGGACGCGAUCCCAAGUACUGGAAGGAUCCUGAAGAGUUUUUUCCCGAGAGGUUUUCGGAGAACUCCGUUGAUUUCAAAGGAAAAGAUUUCGAGUUUCUGCCGUUUGGAGCUGGCAGAAGAAUGUGCGUCGGAAUGAACUUGGGGACGAUAACGGUUGAGCUUGUGCUGGCGAAUUUGGUUUACUGUUUUGAUUGGAAAUUAGGUGAUGGAAUGCAGACGGAUGAUAUGAAUAUGGAAGAGCAAGCUGGUGUUAGUCUUACUGUCUCUAAAAAAAUACCUCUCUGCCUUGUGCCUGUCAGGAUGGUUUGAUCAUGAAUCAUGUAAUAGUAAAGUUAAAUUUUCUAAUAAAAUUCUGCCACUUUCAUUUUAAUUUUAAACCAUUGUUGUGGCUAUUUGAUGUAAAACUAUAUAAAUUUAUAAAUCUGUUGAUUAAUGAA